GUUGGCGUUGCUUACUUUAAAAAUGAGGAUCAAUUACUCACUGCAUUAAAAAAAUCAAAUCAAAAAAUUAAUGGGAAAGCAAUUAAGGUUUGCAGAUAUCCUCCUGAUGACUUAUAUCACUAUAAACAAAACAAGCCUGAAAAACGUGAAAAGCCUAACUGGCCUGAAAUGUCUAAAGAAGAUGCAUUAGAUUUAAUAAAAGAGACUGGCCGGUUGUAUAUUAGAAAUUUGAGCUAUUCUUGCACUGAAAAAGACAUCGAAUCCCUUUUUUCACCCUUCGGAUCCCUUUCUGAACUUAAUUUGGCAUAUGACUAUCGACUCCGUAAACACAAAGGCUUUGGAUUCGUUACCUUCCUUUUUUCUCAUGAUGCUAUUACUGCUUUUGAGAAACUUGACAAGACCGAAUUUCUUGGACGUCUGCUUCACAUCCUACCAAGCAAAGAAUGCCCAUCUGUACAUUUAAGCAAGUCUGAUAAGAACGACCUCGAUGUUGGACAAUCACAAAAAAAUCCUAAGGGUCCUCAGACCACAUCUGUUGAUCUGUCAUCUGAAACUGCUUCCUCUUUCCAAAAUGAGCGCUUACAAGGUUUAAAGUCAUCGUCUAGCAGAAGUCACAAUUGGAACAUACUCUUCAUUCAACCAGAUGCUGUAGCCACUUACUUGGCUGCUAAGUUCGGUGUUGCUAAAGAAGAGCUCUUAAUGGAGAAAAUUGAUCGUAAAUCGAGAUCCUCUGAUAAUAUUACCUCUGCAUCCAUUCGCUUUGCACAAGGGGAAGCACAGCUUGUUAUGGAAUUGAGAACAUAUCUCAAAAGCAAUGGCGUUAAUCUAAAUAUUUUAGAAUCCUGCCAGCCAACUUCUUUCGGUUCUCUCCGUUCCUUGGUUGCUCCAAUCACUUUAUCCUCUCGGAUAUUUCUUAUUAAAAAUCUUCCUAUCUCCAUUAUUCCAAGUGAAGUUCGAGAUCUUAUUUCCAGCUAUCUCCCAUCUGAUUGUGAGGCUCCUAUCCGUGUUUUGGUGCCUCCUUUGGGGCUCACAGCUAUCGUUCAGUUCUCAGCUCCUCAGGUUGCCAGACGAGUUUAUAUGGCUAUGGCCUACGAGAAGCAACAACAUUAG